CAAAGCGGACGAACAAGAAGAAGGAAAGUGUCAGUGAAGUUUGGUUUCUCGUCGUUGUAAAUUUCGGGAUGAAAGUGGACUGAUUGGUGUUCAUCAUCGUCGUCGGAAUCCUUAGAUCGGAAUAUUAUCCUGAUUGCUAGUUUUUGACCGGAAUCCACUUCUCUCCUGGAAAUUCUUAGGGUUUUUGUUGGCUUUGACGAGGAAAUUAAGUGAAGAUCGCCGAACAGGCGAGGUUAAUUUCCUGCGAAGGAAUCGCACAGGGAUGUACUGAUAAUCGGAUUUGGUAAUAGAGAGGUUAGGUUUUUACUCAGUCAGGAACUUGAGAUCCAUCGUUUUGCAUAUACUUUUUGCAGUAAACUAGAUUUUCAGCCCCGUUGUUCAGUGAUUUGGCUGAUUAAUAUUUAAGGCCCUCUGCUUCUACGGGGAGCUAAAGACUGGUCCGAGAAUCACCAGUUAGAGCACAUGGUGUUUUACUCAGGUUGUUCAGUGAGGAAGCAAAAUUGAAGUGGCUGCUGCUGCUGCUGUUGUUGUGUUCUUGAUUUCUGUCGGAUUACAGACUCGAGCCUUCUAGGUCACAGGAACGUUAAAGUUAUUUGUAAACUGAUUGGGUUUCAGACAAUGUUUUCACUUGGCGACCUUGCUUUUGCAUAACUUUUGUGAUUCCUUAAACCGGAGCCUUGGAUUUUUAUAUUAAUCUGAGGACAAAGAUGCAUGCUAGGCACCGUGAUAUUGGAAAUGGCUACAGAUCUAGUUCAAUGGAAAUGGGAAUGUCAGCCUCUGGAAUUUCGCCAGAUCGUUCAAUGCGCAGUCAUGGAUUUUAUGGUUCAGGUCAUCGUGGCUUCAACCGUGGAUACGGGCGUGGCCGUGCAUACCCAAAGUCAUACCAGAAUCGACCGCCUCCACCUACUCCACCGCUGCAAUGCAAAAGUGGUGGUGAUAUUUUCAUGGAAGCUGGUCGUCUGGCGGCAGAGUAUUUGGUUUCUCAGGAUGUCCUACCACCAACCGUGCUUUCUGGUAAAUGGCAGAAAGAUAAUUUCAGGAAGCAGGCAGGAGAGAUUCAGGGUUUUAGGUCACAAGAAACACGAAUGGGUAUGUUUACCCCUGGUAUAGAUAAAAGGAGGUUUGUAGAUGAUUAUAGCUCAACGGGGUCCAGAAGUUACAUGAAGGGAAGGAGGUCCAACCGUUAUGGCUCUGAUUAUGGGAGGAGUGGAUCAUGGUCAGAGAGAAAUAGGACUUCUGAAGUCGAAGCUUAUGAUGAUUCUGUGUCUGGGCAUCGUGAAGAACAGCCACUUGCUGAAGAUAAUGCUAGCUCGUUUCAGAGGUCAAACUCGGGUGAUUUUCCAAGAAAGCGUGGAGGAGCAGGUGAUUCGGAGUCUGAGUUGGACAAGUACAAUCUUCAGGAUGAGGCCCAAUCUAAGACGUGUUCUUCUAGUGCUGGGAAAGAUAUAGUGCAUGAUGGGGAAAUCUCAAAAGUAUCUGAAGGUUCCUCUAGCUUGAGUGUUGGGUCUGGAGAGGUGAAGGGUAGAAAUGGCGAUGGCAGAGAGAAUGAAGACCGGGCAGGUGUGGAUGGCUGGUCUAUCCAGCAACACGAGGCGGUAGAUGAAGGGUCCAUCAAGAGUGGGUUUGAUUUGGUAACCCUCUGUAAAUUUGCCAAGGUGCCUACCAGGACACGCUCUUCUUUAACUGCUAAAGGCCCAAAACAUGAUUUGAGUGAAAAUAUCAAGGGAAGCUCUUGUAAUUCUGUACUUGCAGAAGAAAAUCAUAUCCCACGUCUAUGCGAGUCUCCAGUGCAUUCAUCUGGAAAAGCUGACAAUGCUGGCGACGAAAAUUUUAACCCCACUAACCCGGUUGGAGACUUGGGACAUGCUCAUAUGGCUGAGAAGAGUAAAUGUCAUAGGUCUAGUUCUUUCCCUGACAGCAUUCUCAGGGACAAGAUUGCAAAGAAUUCAGGACUGGAGUUGGCUGAUCUGCAUAGAUCUCAUUCGAUGGGGAAAGAAAGAGACGAGAAAAGGGCUGCUGAAGACUGUGAGAUGGAAGGAGGAGCAAAGAGACAGAGAGAGUGGCUGCCGUCCCUUUCUUCUGAAGCUAAAGCAAGUGAAAUAAAAAGGGACCCAGAAGAGGAAAGAGCACGUGUAUUUGAAGAGAAAGUGUUGGACAGGGCAAUGAAGGGCAUUGCUCAUGAUGAGUUGGUUGAUAAGUCUACGCAUAAUCAGAUUCAAGUCGGGAAAUCAUGUGGUGGGUAUGGAGAAGAGCAGGAGUUGUUUCCCAGUUCAUUUAAGAUCUGUGAUCUUAAUCUUGAGGGGACAUUGGAUGCGAAGGACAACAAACUUGGCAACCCUCUGAUCCUUUUUCCUGCCAUUUCAGCACCGAAAAGGGAAUCUUCUCAAAUCGAGUUUGAUCGCUCGAUAAGCAGUUCUAGCAAGUCUGUUGAGCACACUACUCGGAUGAGCAAUGGUAAAGAGAUAGAAGUGAUCGACUUGGAGAAUGAUUCCCCUGAAGUGACCGAUGCCUGUGGUAAUGCGGAGAGAAAGCUAAAGGCUGCUUGUACGGGCUUUUCUCGUCAAACUCAGGCAGCUAACGAAAUCCAUAAUGAUAUGCCGGAUUACAAUGAAGGGCUCAUGAUGGUAGAGUUCCUCGAUUCCUUUGGAAACAUCCCUCCAAUGAACACAGCAAUCAAUGAAGUGUCUGGAGGCAUUAGUCACAGUCAUAUGCCGGAUAACGAGGCUGGCCUUCAAAACUCGGAGGGAACACUCGGAAGUGACCAGGUUCCUCUUCCUCAGUCUGAUGAUGAUUCGAUAUUCAUGUCACUUGGAGAAAUACCACUGACUUUCUUGCAAGCCUGGGACCAUCCACCGGCUCGGGGCUACGACAAGCCUUUCUGAGUCCGCCACAGCUUCUUCUGUGUAACAUCAGAUGAGUAGAUUAUAUAUAUAUAUAUAUAUAUAUAUAUUACAUUCUGUAGCUCCUAUGCCGGAAUUUGGAAAUCUGGGUACCAAGAAACCAAACCGGGUUAUCGGGUGUAAACCCGGAUUUUUAGUUACAAAAAAAGACACAAUUAGGCAUGUAAACCCCGUUUUAACAGUAGGCCCAACAGUAGUUUAUUUCCUAAAGUACAAAUAUUAUCUCGUCUUAUAAUAUUUGGAUAGCUGUAGUGUUUUAUUA